AGAAUCGUAACUAAUAGCAACCCUCGCUGACUCGCUGACGUACUCCCAACGAGCACCCCCUCGCUCUCUCCUUUCCUCUCCACACCUCUAACGGCAAAAGUCGCACCAAUGAUCGCUGCCUCGGUGCGUCGCGGCGUGAUCUGGCUCCUCGUGGCGGUGGCCAUGAUGGCCGGCCUCGCCUUGGCCCUGGACGGUGUGCCGUACGAGCCCAUCUUCCACAUCCGCCCGCCGAAGAACUGGAUCAACGACCCGAACGGCCCCUACCGCGACCCGGUGACGGGUAAGAUCCACCUGUACAUGCAGUACAACCCCAACGGCCCUCUCUGGGGCGACAUCGCGUGGUACCACGUCACGUCGGACGACUACGUCAAGUGGACACGCCCCGAGUCGCCGGUGGCGAUGUGGGCGGACAAGUGGUACGACAAGUGGGGCGUGUACUCGGGCACGAUGAUCAACAACAACCACAGCGAGCCCAUCGCGGUGUACACGUGCACGGAGCCGGAGAACAUCCAGCGCCAGUGCCUCGCCAGCCCGACCAAGGCGGAUCUCGUGGGCAAGCGCACGCUGGACCGGCUGGUCAAGAGUGCGCGCAACGUCAUCCUGUCGGAGGACGACGUGCCCGGCGUCGUCGGGCUCGGCAACUUCCGCGACCCCACGGAGUGGUGGGAGGACCCGGAGCACCCGGGCCAGUGGCUGAUUGCCUUCGUUGCCCGCAUCAACGACGCCGAGGGCGACAACGCGCACGUGGUCAUCUUCCGCACGCAGGACCCCACCUUCCAGUCCGGCUACAAGUUCUCGCACAGCCUCUACGUGUACAAGUACGACCUGGAUGUGAUGUUCGAGUGCCCGGACUUCUUCAAGCUGGCGCCGACGGGCGAGCACUACCUGAAGGUGUCCACCAUGCCCUCGCACCGCGACUACAUCAUGUACGGCUCCUACCAGCUGGACAGUAAGCUCGGCCAGUACGUCUUCGUCGAGGAUCCCGCACGCAGCUUCACCUUCAUCGACUACGGUCCCCUCUACGCCUCGAAGACGUUCCACGACCCCAUCCUGAACCGCCGCACCAUCUGGGGCUGGACCAACGAUGAGCUGAGCGACGACCAGAUCCGUGCCAACGGGUGGUCGGGCGUGCAGAACAUGCUGCGCACGGUGGAGUACGACAGCACGGAGAAGAAGCUGAAGACGCAGCCCGUGCCGGAGAUCAAGGGACUGCGGCUGAACAAGCUGGUGGAUGUGGAGGGUGUGCCCGUGACGAGCACGCCGACGCAGAUCAUCCGCAGCAACACGAACAACACCCUCUACCACGAGAUCGUCGCGAAGUUCACCGUGUCCGACCCGUCCAUCUUCUCGGCGACGGCGACGUACGCCGCGGACGGGUCAGACGCCCCCGAGAUCGGCGUGAUGAUUCGCGCCAACGCCGACCUCACGCAGAGCGCCAGCGUGUCGCUCAAGAUGCCCCCGUACGGCCCGAGCGUGGUGCCGGGCAACCAGCAGAAGGAGGACUGGCCGGCGAUCAAGAUCUUCGACGGCCCCGACGCGGCGAACUGCAGCGCCGAGUGCAACAAGCUGCGCCUCUGCGAGUCCUACACCUACUUCUCCAGCACGAAGAGCUGCAAGAUGUACUGGAAGAUCAACCCGAUGGAGGCCAGCGCAGACGCCGCCAGCGGUCUCGUGCGGGAGCCGCUGCUGUACCUGAGCCGCGAGGCCUCCAAGUCGAUCGGCUCCACCGGUCCGCUGAGCGGCCGCGCGCCGUUCGCCACCGCCACGCCCAACGGCUUCGAGCUGCACAUCUACGUGGACAACAGCGUGAUCGAGAUCUUCAAGGAUGGCGGGCUGGAGACGAUGACGAGCCGCCUCUACAUCGACAACGGCGACGACACGACGGGCGUGGCCGUGUACGCGAAGAACACCGGCGCGGCGACGGUGACCGCCAGCGUGGAGGUGUACACGAUGGACACGAUCUGGAAGGCGCCGGUGGCGAAUGCGGCGAAGAACUUCACCAACUCGCUGUACAACCUGCUGGACACCCUCAUCGACGUCUAG